GGCAAUAUUGGUAUUCUCCUCAAAGGGCGUCAAGGAAUAGAGGCGUUGAGCAAGGUCGGUUUGAUGUCGAAUGGGCCUUGUCCCUGCAAAAUCUCAGGCAGCUUAAGGAGAAGAGCUGUUCUCAAUCACCUCUUAGCGGCAGAUCGAUGACAACCACUGUUCUUCUCUUCGAAACAGUCAAGACGUCAACUUGUGAUGUGAUGCAAGUUACGCAGGCACCCCUUGCAGCGCAGCCUUGUCACUUGAGUGGGAGCAACGUCCUUCGAAGUCGUCGUCGCACCGCUACUACAGCAAGCGUGAGCUUCUGGAUAACUUCGUGCUUCAUAAACACAAUCAUAGGUACCCUAGGACAUUACUUUUCUAUCUUUUAAGUAUAUUAACUGUCCAAUCCUAGUUUCUUAGAGGACCCAACGAGACAACUGCUCCUCCCACGCCGGCGCUACAGAGACGGCCCAGGCUGGCGCUGCGACCGGACAAGCCUGCCGCAUGCAACAACAGUGUCUCCAUCCACGGGACUCUGAUUUUCCUUGAGAAGCUUCGGCCUCAUCCGAGCGUUUAUGGAUUGGUAGCUAUUUGCUCUUGCUUCUGAACGUACUUGCGAGCUUGCUCAAGCAGUGCUAAAUGCCUCGGUCAGAAAUUGGCAAGUCGUCAAUCAACAGAAGAAUAGACACCUACAUUCGGCGUUGUCAAGGUACUCUUUCUCAGGGUCAUGACCCCACAAGUAUCGCUGAAUCUCCGCGUGGCCCAGAAGGUCGGGAUUCUCGCCUCCUUGUGCGACGGCAGCGAACUUUCGGUCUCUCUCUUGCUGCUCUGGCCCAUCGGGCAGAUGCAAGACAUCGCGAUUGACUCCGGCAAUACUCAUGAUGUGCUCGGCUCUCGGUUUGCGUGCAUAUUCGUAUGCCUUCAAGUACACGGGCAGGUCAUCGAUCGUCGAGAGCUGGUCCAAGGCGAGAUGUAGGACCGCAACGUCUUCAAGAGCUUGCGCUCCUCCUUGCGCAACGUAUGGAAGCAUGGGAUGACAUGAAUCGCCGAGCAAGACGACUUUGCCCAUCACCCACGUGGGCAGGGGAUCAUGCACGCACAAAUGCCACACCAGGACAUUGUCCUCUGGUAUCAGAUCCACCAAUCUGCGCAGGUAUUGACCAUCCCACGAACCGAACUGAUUUAGGAUAUCUUGCUUGGACGCCUUUGUAGUCCAAGAUUCCUCGGUGAAACCAGGGUCGGGGUGGCACAUCACCUGUUUAGGCACGGGUUAGUUACCUCAUCUCCCUCAGUCACAUAGGAGGUCGCACGAACCAGGUUGUAGAGACGGCCGUGUCGGAUUGGGUACCCUUGGAUGUGACAGCCUCCGCCCAUCCACCUCGUCGCAAGGGGGUUGGUCACAAAUUCACGCAAAUCAGGAUCUGUGACCUUUUCGACGGGAAUGCAAGCUCGAAACGCGGCAUCUCCAGUUGGGGUAGGCUUGUCCACCAGGCCCAGCUUCUCGUACAUGAUCCUCCGGCAGGUCGAUUUCAUUCCUGACAGAAGCUUAGAAAACGUUCAGAAGGAAAUGUUUGACAGAAACCAACCAUCUGCGCCAACAAUCAGGUCGGCUUCGACCACUGUACCAUCCUGCAGGGUCACAGAGGGCUUCUCAAAGUCAAUCGAGACAACCAUACUAUUAACACGAACCUCGGCAACCGUCUCAGCGUCCUCCAUCAAUGCACCAUGCAGGUCCGCACGGUGUAUCACGUAAUGAGGUGCACCGUGUUUCUGUUCCACCUGGGGCAUGAGAGGUGCCUUGCCGAGGAUUUCGCCAUUCUCCCACCGUCUCAAGAUGACGUU